AUGACAAAUCCAACGCCAUCGUCAGCAGCAGAACCAGCGCCAGCACCGCACGUGUCGCUCCCCGUCCAGCCAGACGUUGAAACAUCGAUCUCGGAACUCAUCUCGCAAAAUCGUCGCUCAGCGACCGACUUUAGCGUGACCAAACACUCGAAAGAAGCGGCGAAGAAUUGGGACAAGUUCUACAAGAAGCACCACGACAAGUUUUUCAAAGAUCGUCAUUGGACGAAUCGCGAAUUUGGAAGCGAGCUUUCGUCGGGGUCUGCGGCUAGUGCGUCUGAGUUCGAGGGUACAAAGGCUCAAUCGGACGAUGACAGAGAGGAAGAAACAAGGAUGGUUUCAGAGGACCUUGCCGAGUCGGAGCGAGCAAGCGAGAGUGUGCUAUUGGAAGUAGGCUGUGGAGUGGGAAACAUGCUGUAUCCUCUGUUGGCGGCGAAUCCACGAUUGAAGGUUCACUGUUGCGAUUUCUCAGAACGUGCAGUUGACAUGGUUCGAUGUCAUCCGCUGUACGAUCCUGCCAGAGUCAACGCUUUCGUCUUUGACCUCACCUCUUGCGACCCACCUCUAUCUUCGUUGCUUUGCAAGCCACCUUACUCGUCAUGGUCAGCGCCAACAACGAUCAGCUUGAUCUUUGUGUUAUCCGCCAUACCUCCUUCAUUUCACGCGUCGGUCCUCUCCAAGCUCCGAUCUCUGCUUCUCCCACAUGGAGGUCACAUCCUGUUCAGAGACUACGCCUAUGGCGACCUCUCGCAGGUGCGCUACCAUACCAAAAAGGACGCUGCUUGGGCCGAACCAAGUCUGCUCUCGACGGAACACCAUUGGUACCGAAGGGGCGAUAAUACGUUUAACUACUUUUUCACACAACAGCAGCUGGAAAGUCUGGCCAACCAAGUGGGACUCCAAGGUGAAGUGCAAACGUUGAGGAGGACAGCCGUGAAUCGGAGGAGCGAGGUCAACAUGCAGAGACGGUUCGUUCAGGCCAAAUGGUACGUUGCCCCACAAAAAACACCAUAG